ACCUCGGCAGAUCGAAACCUGCAUGUUGACGAAUCUGCCCUCGUCUCUCUCCUCUAAUUCUUCGCCCUUGCCCUAAAAUUUCAAAUUACCUCCACGCUCUCCUCGCUCGCUCUCUCUCUCUCUCUCAGCUCGUGCCUCUCACAGGGAGAAAAGGAGGCUUAUUUCUCUCACACAGCUCAUCUCUUUGUCUCUCCUCUGAAUUGAGAGGAGUCAUUGGCGGCCAUGGAUUUGGAUCUGUGGAUUUCGAAGGUGAAGGAGGGGCAGCAUCUAAUGGAGGACGAGCUCCAACUUCUAUGCGAAUACGUGAAGGAUAUUCUAAUCGAGGAGUCAAAUGUCCAGCCUGUUAAUAGCCCUGUUACAGUUUGUGGUGACAUCCAUGGCCAGUUUCAUGAUCUAAUGAAACUUUUCCAGACUGGAGGUCAUGUUCCUGAGACGAAUUACAUAUUUAUGGGUGAUUUUGUUGAUCGAGGAUACAACAGUUUGGAAGUUUUCACAAUCUUAUUGCUACUUAAAGCCAGAUACCCUGCACAUAUUACUCUGUUGCGUGGGAAUCAUGAAAGCAGACAAUUAACACAGGUUUACGGUUUUUAUGACGAAUGCCAACGGAAGUAUGGAAAUGCUAACGCCUGGCGGUACUGUACUGAUGUAUUCGACUAUCUAACCCUUUCAGCAAUUAUAGAUGGAACUGUUCUUUGUGUCCAUGGUGGUCUUUCUCCCGAUAUACGAACAAUUGAUCAGAUUAGAGUUAUUGAUCGGAAUUGUGAAAUUCCUCAUGAGGGUCCCUUUUGUGAUCUCAUGUGGAGCGAUCCUGAAGAGAUUGAAACCUGGGCUGUUAGUCCACGGGGUGCAGGAUGGCUAUUUGGAUCACGGGUGACAUCAGAGUUCAAUCACAUAAACAAUCUAGAUCUUGUUUGUCGCGCCCAUCAGCUCGUCCAAGAAGGUCUUAAGUACAUGUUCCAAGACAAAGGCCUUGUAACUGUGUGGUCUGCUCCAAACUACUGUUACCGUUGUGGGAAUGUUGCUUCAAUAUUAAGUUUUAAUGAGAAUAUGGAGAGAGAGGUGAAGUUUUUCACGGAGACCGAGGAGAACAAUCAAAUGAGGGGACCUAGGACAGGCGUCCCAUACUUUUUAUAAGGAAGGAUGCCCCAGUAUCAAAUUGUUAGAUUUAACAUUGGAAAGAUCGAUCAAGUCCUGGCUUUGCCUGUAAAGUUAUGCCACAUGCAAUACAUUUGGACCUGGGCACGGCAAGGGAUGAUACAAUGAGGUGUUGACGAGAAAGCCUGUGGGAGUGAUGAUUCUACAGCGUGCUGAUUUUUGAAUUCUGUUGUAUAAUAUGUUUCUUGAUUUUUAAUUGAUAUGUGUGUUUAUUUUCACUGUUUAACGUUGAUUGUCUUUACUCUAGCAUUUUUCCAGCACCAUUGACUAUUUCAGAAUCGGUUCAUGACUAUUGUGUCAUUACCUAGAAACUUGUGAAUCUCUGAUGUUAUACUCAGUUUGAUGAUGUUUCUUAUGCUAGUUAUUGUAGUUGGAAAAGUGUCUUCUAUA